UUUUUUGACACUUGUCAAUUCUGUUGCUGUCACUUGUAGUGAUAUUGCAUUUACAAGAAUUUAACACAGCACUGAGAAUUAACUUUGUUAUUCUACUAGUCAUAUUAAAAUACAAAAGUAAUAACUAUUCAAAAGCAACAUGACUACAAACGGCGAUAUAGGGAGCUUGGAUGCUAGCGGUAAAAUAGUAAAAAUGGAAGUGGAUUAUAGCGCCACUUGUGAUGAAAAAAUACCCCUAUGGAAAUCAUGGGCCUCUAGUGGCAGAGUUCAAGAAGCUAUUGAUCAGUUGCUUGCUCUUGAAAAACAAACGAGAACGGGUGCAGAUAUGGCUUCUACCGCAAGAAUCUUGGUAACCAUUGUCCAAAUCUGCUAUGAGGCCAAGAACUGGUCUUCUCUCAAUGAUCAUGUAGUUCUCCUGUCAAAAAGAAGGUCUCAACUAAAACAGGCAGUAGUUAAAAUGGUGCAGGAAUGUUGUACUUAUGUAGAUAAAACACCAGACAAAGAAACAAAAAUAAAGCUAAUAGAGACACUGAGAACUAUAACCGAGGGUAAAAUCUAUGUAGAGGUUGAAAGAGCUAGACUCACUCAUAUUCUUGCUAAAAUAAGAGAAGAAGAAGAUAAUGUUGCCGAAGCUGCUAAGAUCAUCCAGGAGCUGCAAGUGGAGACUUAUGGGUCUAUGGACAAGAGAGAAAAAGUUGAACUGAUUCUGGAACAAAUGAGAUUGUGUCUAGCCAUCAAAGAUUAUGUUCGGACUCAGAUUAUAUCUAAGAAGAUAAAUACAAAGUUCUUUGAAGAAGAUAAUACUCUAGAACUGAAAGAAAAGUUCUAUAGAAUAAUGAUAGCAGUGGAUCAACAUAAUGGACAGUAUUUAUCAGUCUGUCGUCACUUCCGUGCCCUGGGACAGUCUGGCGGAUCCGAUGCACUCAUUGGCAGUGUUGUAUUUCUCAUAUUAGCUCCAUAUGAUAAUGAACAGGCUGAUCUUACACACAGACUUAACGAGGAUAAGGACUUGGAUAAACUACCUGAAUACAAGCAACUCUUAGGUCUGUUCAUCAAUCCAGAGAUAAUAAGAUGGAGUACUCUCUGCUCAACAUAUGAGAAGAUGUUGAGAAUAACACCAUACUUUAAUUCCACCGAUGAGAAAGGACAAGAACGUUGGAAUGACUUGAAGAACAGGGUUGUUGAACAUAAUAUCCGUAUAAUGUCAAUGUACUACACUCGCAUCACGCUGCAGCGGAUGAGCGAGCUGCUCGGUCUGAGCGUGACGGAGACGGAGGAGGCGUUGAGUCAGCUCGUCGUAAGCGGCGUGGUGCGCGCCAAGAUAGACCGGCCCGCGGGCGUCGUUCACUUUAGAUUGAACAUGGAUGCCUCUGACCGAUUGAACGAAUGGUCCAGUAACCUGAACACUCUGAUGCAACUCGUCAAUAAAACAACACAUCUGAUCAACAAAGAAGAGUGCGUUCACAAGCAUUUGUUAGCUACAGCAGAAUAGACCUAAAUACUUAAUACAUACAUCUUAUACUAAAAUAACCUGUAAGAUUUUUUUGAUUUCAAACAUGUUACAGAAUAAUUUUCAUUUGAUAUGUUCAAAUUGGUAUUAAAAUAAAUACGA